AUGGGAUUGUUUGGUCGCUUACGGUCCAGUCCAUACACCGUAUCAGCGCUCAAGGCACUGACCUGGCUCCCAGUAGUGGUCUUUGUCGUUGAUCACGGCUUUAGUUAUGGACCUGUGAACGGUCGAUCAAUGCAACCCACCUUCAACCCCGAUUCCAACAAAUUGAAACGAGACUUUGUUUUUCUAAAUAAAUGGGCCGUCAAUGAUCACAAUUUUGAACGAGGCGAGGUAGUCACCCUGACAUCGCCAACCGAUCCAAAACUCCAAAUCACAAAACGAAUUAUCGCGAUUGAAGGCGAUACCGUUCAACCUUUACGGCAUUCAGCUGCUCCAGUUCAUGUGCCGAAAGGCCACUGCUGGGUAGAAGGUGACGAGGCUUUCCACUCACGAGACAGCAAUUCUUUUGGCACAGUACCCAUGGCCUUAAUUACAGCUAAAGUCACGCAUAUCUUAUGGCCACCCUCUCGAUUUGGAGCCGUUGAAAAGCGACCAGUCAACUUGGAUAGAGUAUCUAUAGGCUUCAUUCAGCCUGGACGGGACGAUGAUUUUUGGUGA